AUGGCUGCAAAGCUACUCCUCAAAUAUGGGCUUCGUAAAACUAUUGGUUUGGGUUUUGGAACAUGCGUCUGGUCUGAACUCUGGAUUCCCGACACUCUGGCCCGACCCCCAAGAGGUCUUCAUGCCGAGCGCGAAUUCCUACUGUAUGUUCAUACACUAAUUGAUUUUGUUACAAAAUCAUGGAAGGUGGAUCGUCUUCGGAAACUAUUCACACCCGAAGAUAUUACCCUAAUUUUAGGGAUACGUCCGAGUCAAUCAGCCUCAAGAGACGGUUAUAGUUGGCCUCUAGCAAAAUCAGGCAACUACACGGUUAAGUCCGGUUACUGGACCGCGAGAACCUUAACUCGUUAUGCUUUUGACCUCCCUCUUCAGGGUCCAAGUACUACGGUACUCAGGGCACAGAAAGCACAUAAUCGCAAAGUUUUUGACAAUGUUGUUGAAUCCCCUUUAGAUACACUUAAUCAUGCGAUAAGUGAGGAAGAGGCUUGGCGAAAAGCACAUCUGCUAGACGAUACAUUGACCGAGCCCCGGGCAAUUAUUACCCCUCCUGGACAACCAUUGGCGACUGCACCUAUCUGCCACUGUGAUGGCUCAUGGACUGAGACGGGAACCUCCAGCGGACAUGGGUGGAUUGUGACUCAGGGGGACUUAGUGAUCUAUAUGGGGUUAAAAGGAUCACGCUUGAGCUUAUCCCCUUUGCAUGCCGAGCUGGAAUCUCUCCUGUGGGCUAUGAAGUGUAUUAAGGAGUCAUCCAUACAUUGUAGCUGUUUCGCAACGGAUUGUUCUGAUCUACUCGCUAUGACGGAAAACCCGGAGGACUGGCCAAACUUCGCAUCUGAACUUGAAGAUUUUAAAAUCUUUAAAGAAUCUUUUAGUUCCUUUAGGAUUUUUCAUGUACCACGUAGAGAGAAUGUCCGUGCGGACUUUCUUGCAAAGAAAGCAAGGGCACGAGGCUUUAGUUUUUCCCAUGUAAGUUCGGUUGCCCCAGAUUGGCUCUCCCUAGAGGAGAAUCUUGUACCGAAUACUUAA